UGAAGAUUGAACUUCAUCUCAGAUUGCAACUUCUUUCCUCUGUCCAACAUCUGAGGCGCACUCGGACCACGCAGGGCUGCGGGUCUGACCCGGACCUGCACAUUGUGAUCCAGUGUGCCCGCUCCACACUCAACAGGCCCGACUCCAACUCCAGCCCCAGGAAUCCAAUAAGGUCUUCACCUUCCUCGCGUUCCGGAAGACCCACGAGCUAGUAUUUGAUCUGAAGGUGAAGUUUCAAAAUCAACAGAUGAACCAUUGACUCUCCUGCUCCUCGGAUGCUGUCUGACCCGCAGUUUCCGACUCUGAUUCUCCAGCAUUUGUGAGUCACUCAAUCCAUCCGGACUGCAACAAUUUUCGACUGUGAUCCAAUUGGUUCCUGUUUCAGUCCGUUUUCAGCAUCAGUGGGACUGGAAGAGAGACCCUACUGUUGCAGCAACACAGAGUGAGGAGCCUGAAACAGUUAUCUGGCCUGGAAAGAGGAAUUCAAGGCUGGGAGGGGACAUACACGCGUUUGUGUGCAACUGUAGCUUCAGCCAUGGAGAAACGAUGGAAGUGUGGCGACUGCGGGAAAGGUUUCCGUGUCCCGUCUGCCCUGGAGACACAUCGGCGCAGUCACACCAGGGAGAGGCCAUUCUCCUGUCCUGAGUGCGGGAAGGCCUUCAGUGAUUCCUCUGCCCUGCUGAGGCACCGGCGGGUGCACACAGGGGAGAGGCCCUUCAGCUGCCCUGAGUGCAGGAAGAGCUUCAGCGAUUCCUCCGCCCGGCUGAGGCACUUGCGGGUGCACACAGGGGAGAGGCCCUUCAGCUGCCUCAAGUGUGGGAAGACCUUCAACGAUUCCUCCGCCCUGAUCAGGCACCAGCGGCUGCACACAGGGGAGAGGCCCUUCCGCUGCCCCGAUUGUGGGAAGGUGUUCACUCGCUCCUCCCACCUCGUGAUUCACCGGCGGGUCCACACCGGUGAGAAGCCCUUCCCCUGCCCCAAGUGUGGGAAGGCCUUCAGCGAUUCCUCUGACCUGCUGGCCCACCGGCGGGUCCACACUGGCGAGAGGCCAUUCACCUGCUCUGUCUGCGAUGUGAUUGAGAAGCUUCUCCCAAUGAAUCUUUGACUGAUAACAGCAUUUGUCAGGCUUUUGAAAGUCACUGUAGCUCUGUCACAGCACACAGGAGGGCUCUUUCAGACACAACGCGUCAUGCAGAAAAUUCUCCCACAUUAGUCGAGCAAAGUUGACGUCUUUUUAAGGCAUUGUGAAACUUGAAAUGGUUCAGAAAAGGUUUGGAAGGACGUUGCCAGGGCUGCAAGGUUUUAGCUACAGGGAGAGGCUGAAUACGCUGGUACUAUUUUCCCGGAAGCUUCAGAGUCAGCCAGAAACAUCUGUUGAAUCAGGAAACAUCUCUUCCUGCAGCAGCUUCAGACAGACUGCUUGCUAAAACCAAAACCAGUGGAAAAGAAUGGGACAACUGCCCUUUCAUUGUAGAAGUAUUUUAGAAAAAAAAAGUCAAACCCUUUUCCCUGAUUGUUGCCUUAGCCAGUAUCUGUUAACCAUUAGUGAAAACCUUAAUCCUAGACGAAUGGGAAGCUGUGCCAUUUACAACCUUUUCUGAAAAUAAACCAACAACAUAAUCUUCUUAAAGGAGCAGCAUGAUCACAACAAAAAGCAGCUGAACUGAAACAUUUGAAUCAAAAGGUUAUGCAGUUAGCAGGACAAGAAACAGGUUUUCAAUUUCACCAAUCAAUUUAAAUCAACCCCAUUGGCUACCAAAAACUUAUUAAAUUUAAAUCCUAAAGUUUUGACAACAGGACCAAUCCUAUCAUAAAGAAUCCGUGCUCUCAGUCAUCUGUGUAUUAGAGAAAGCAUCAUUUAGAAAAACAGAGAAGAGCAUUCCUGACAGAGGAAUCGGAGGAGGCAUCCCCGACAGAAGAUGGCACAGAAUAUUCCGGAAGACACACAACCUGGUUGUAAUCUGAGCGAUUAAAUUCUAUUUUGUGUUAUCUGAGUGGGACAUGUAUUGAUUGGAACAGUAUACCAGAGAAUCUUGAUUUAUUCCAGAAUACUUAGUAGUUAAGAAGGAUUUAUUCCAGAAUACUUAGUAGUUAAGAAGGAUUUAUUCAGUUUGUUAGUAGCUUUGUUCAUUUGUUCACUGUGAGAG